CCCACCCCAACUGUCCCCACCCUAGGGACUCAAGGUCCUAUUCUCCCCUUCUAAGCUUGCACCCUAUGGAACACAACUCCCUGCUCUGGCUCACGGGCUGGACUGUCCCCAGGAUCUCUCUUAGAGGGUUGGGGCAGGAAGAGAGGGGUGCAGAGUCAGCAGUUGAGAGAUUGGGGCCAUGCCACCCUGAUUAGAAGGGCUGGGGGCUGAGCUGGAUUCACCUGUCCUUGUCUCUCAUUGGCUCUUGGGAACCCCUGGCCCCUAAAUCCCACUAAGCAGCCCCACCAGGGCCUGCACAGGUCUGUGGGGGGGCCAGUUGAUUGCCAGUCUUGGGGCCAGAAGGGUGUCUGCGGAGGCCUGAGGCUGGCCUGAGCCUGGCUCUGGGGAUCCCCUCCAUCUAGAGGAACCAACUUAACCACCCUGUUCACCCGCUGCCGGGACCAUGGGGGCUGGGGCCAGCGCCGAGGAGAAGCACUCAAGGGAGCUGGAAAAGAAGCUAAAAGAAGAUGCCGAGAAGGAUGCUCGAACCGUGAAACUGCUGCUUCUGGGUGCUGGUGAGUCCGGGAAGAGCACCAUUGUCAAGCAGAUGAAGAUUAUCCACCAGGAUGGGUACUCUCUGGAAGAGUGCCUCGAGUUCAUUGCCAUCAUCUACGGCAACACACUGCAGUCCAUCCUCGCCAUCGUGCGUGCCAUGACCACGCUCAACAUCCAGUAUGGAGACUCUGCGCGCCAGGACGAUGCCCGGAAGCUGAUGCACAUGGCGGACACCAUCGAGGAGGGCACGAUGCCCAAGGAGAUGUCAGACAUCAUCCAGCGGCUGUGGAAGGACUCGGGUAUCCAGGCCUGUUUCGAACGCGCCUCUGAGUACCAGCUCAACGACUCGGCGGGCUACUACCUCUCCGACCUGGAGCGCCUGGUAACCCCGGGCUACGUGCCCACUGAGCAGGACGUGCUGCGCUCGCGUGUCAAGACCACGGGUAUCAUUGAGACUCAGUUCUCCUUCAAGGACCUCCACUUCCGGAUGUUCGAUGUGGGCGGGCAGCGCUCUGAGCGCAAGAAAUGGAUCCAUUGCUUCGAGGGUGUAACCUGUAUCAUCUUCAUCGCGGCACUGAGCGCCUACGACAUGGUGCUGGUGGAGGACGACGAAGUGAACCGCAUGCACGAGAGCCUGCACCUGUUCAACAGCAUCUGCAAUCACCGCUAUUUCGCUACCACGUCCAUUGUGCUCUUCCUCAACAAGAAAGACGUUUUCUCAGAGAAGAUAAAAAAGGCGCAUCUCAGCAUCUGCUUCCCUGAUUACGACGGGCCCAACACGUACGAGGACGCGGGCAACUACAUCAAGGUGCAGUUCCUGGAGCUCAACAUGCGACGCGACGUGAAGGAGAUCUAUUCCCACAUGACUUGCGCUACCGACACACAGAACGUCAAGUUUGUCUUCGAUGCUGUCACCGAUAUCAUCAUCAAGGAGAACCUCAAAGAUUGCGGCCUCUUUUGAGGUGCUUGAACUCACGUGUGUCCCUGACACCCUGUAGCCCUAGCCACCUCGUAGCCCUAGCACACAAGAGCCUCUCAGCCCCCCAGGACUCCUGGGCCCCAGCGUGAGGCCCCACCAGCCACGCCACAGACCCAAAGCCCUGAGCCCCACCAGCCUUGAGGCCCCAGCCCUCCCCCGUGGUUCCCAGGUCUCCCAGAGCCAGGUACC